AUGCCAAAAGAGGUUAACGUAGAUACAACAACAAAAGGAACAACGACAGUUAAUAAUUGUUUAGAACCAAUCGCGGUGCAACCCAUUGCGGUACCACUGUCACCAGUCAUAGCACAACUUCACCAAACAAACACUUCACCACUAAAUAAUAACGGUCUUGUUACAUAUUCAAAUACGAGCAAUACAGGGCAGACUUUUAAAAACAACACCGGGUUAAAGCAAGGCGCGACCUUCACCUCUCAUACGGACUUUGUAGUAGCAGUUCAAGAAUUUUCCACGAGAAAUGGCUUUACUAUGCGUUUAAAUACUGUAAAACGUAAUAGGGAAGGAAUUGUUAGAUGGAGAGAGAUAGUUUGUUCACGCUCUGGUACUCCAAGUAGUAAAAAAUCUGAAAUUUUUUGA